CACAUUCCUAUAGGAUAACAUUGGCAAAGUAAAUUACGCGCGGCGUCACAACCUUGGCGAAUAACAAAGAAAACGUCUGAAGUCACUUUCAGAGGAACAGGCAGGUCAUGAAUGACAAUGGUUAGCAAUGAAUAGUGUCAGGAGUUUCCUCCACGGAGCAAAGCAGGAAAUGCAGUUACGUUUUAUCUGAUGAUUGAAACCCGAGGUCCAGUCAUGGCGAUCGGGAUCAAAAUCCUUGAGGUCAUUUGCGCCCUAAAAUUUGUCGGAACUUUCCUCUUCGGGGGCUUUGGCUGCCUGUUCUUCGCCAUCUACCUUCUGUCCACUCGAUUGUACUUCAUCCCUCUGAUCUACCUGGUGUGGUUCGUGUGGGACCGGGACACUUCCGAGAAGGGUGGAAGACGCCUGGAAUCACCCAGGAACUGGCGUGUGUGGCGCCUCGCAGCGGAGUAUUUCCCGAUGAAACUGCACAAAACUGUUGAUAUCGCUACAGAUCGGAAUUAUGUUUUUGCAUAUCAUCCGCAUGGGAUUCUAGGAUUUGGAGCAUUUAUGCACUUUGCUACAAAUGGAACACACGCAGAUAAAAUAUUCCCUGGACUGCGGAGAUCUCUUUUGAUACUCAAAGGACAAUUUGACUUUCCUUUUUAUCGGGAAUAUUUGAUGCUGGCAGGAUUGUGUGCCGUUACCAAGCGAAGUAUAGAAUGGAUGCUCACACGAGAGGGGAAAGGAAAUGCAGUGGUCAUCAUAAUAGGGGGCGCUAAAGAAGCAUUGGAGGCACAUCCGGGAAGAUACUGCAUCGAUCUGAAGGAGAGGAAAGGGUUUAUCAAAAUAGCCAUGAGGCACGGGGCCGACAUCGUGCCAGUAUUUUCAUUUGGCGAGAACGACAUCUACCAUCAAGUUAGCAAUCCAAAGGGCUCCCGACUCCGCAACGCCCAGGAAUGGCUGAUGCAGUACACCGGAUUCUCCCCGCCCAUCCUAAUGGGGAGGGGCUUCAUUCAGAAGUAUUUUGGAAUGAUGCCAUUUAGGAGGCCUGUAAAUACAGUGGUUGGGAGUCCGAUACCAGUCGAAAAGAUUGCCGAGCCGUCCAGAGAACAAAUAAAAGACAUGCAUGCCAUUUACAUAAAAAAGCUGGAGGAAUUAUUCGAAGAACACAAGGGACGUUUCGGAGUGAGUGAAGAUACUCACAUAACGUACAUGUAAAAAUGAGACUAUUGGACGGAAAAGUACGUCCAGUGGCAUCAGUAGAAAUGAGACCACGACGGAAAUGCGAGCCCGUACUGGCAUCAGUUGGGAAGAUUAUUAAAGACUGGAAGUCGUCAAAUGGGGUGUCUACAGAAACUAUAGUCGAAAUGAGAGUCGGUGGACUUAUAGACCAUUUAGUGGCGUGAAAAUGAAAAAAGAUUUCACAGAAGCCGUCCGUAUGACUGCAAAAAAAACAUGAUGGGACGACCACAAGAAUAUGAUGGUUAAUAUAUCCGGUUUUAAUGACAUCCAACAUGCAGUUACCAACCUUUUGUCCGGGGUAAUGAAGUAUGGAUAUCUGUGAACGUUUUUGAGUUGUCUUGCCUCUUGGGAAGGUUACAUGUCACAUGACUAUGAUAUUAUCCAUUGGCAAACAACAUGCAAUUCUUUGACCAUACAUGUACUUAAAUUCUUCGACAGACCACUCGUAAGGAUCUGUCCGACAAACGUUGUUGCAUGCACAGUCAUCCUAAGGAAAUUGGGGAUGAUGUUCGCUUCUCCGUCCAUAGCUGCACACAAACCUAUGGUCGUGAUUGUUGGUGUGAAAGGCGGGAGAAGCGAAUAUUAAACCCCACAUCUCCUCAGGAUGCAUAGUGGGCCAACGGGCCAAUCAUUAAAAAACCCAACAAAAGCAUGUACAUGUACAUGUAAGAACAGAAUCGUUCGAAAGAACCUCAUUGUGUUCACGUUCGGCUGCAUGGAUCAACAAGAAUAACACAAAACGUGAAGAGUGGCAAACUAUUUUUUAAUCACGUUUUCAUAAAUAAUGUACAUGUAGUUAAUAAGAACAAUAAUUUAUAUUUUUUUGAUUAUAUGUAAUGUUUAUAAUAAUAAAAAUAGAUAAAACAGAUCAAUUUCAACAUAAACUGAAGCGAGUAUAAUAAUAACGAAAUUGUAAAUAACCUGAAAUGCUUAAAAUAAUCACGAUACAGUCACUUUGAUAAAUCAUUUUGGCGCUUUUUUAUUUAUUUUUCAAGAAACUGGCCGUUCAGAUACCCGUUAGAGAAAAGAAAAUGUAUGUCCCAGAUGUUACACUCAUGUCGCAGUGUUCGCAGUCACCUGCACGCCUCAGUAGAUGGGUACAUUGCAUGCAACAUGUACAUCGCAUGCCCAAGUUGUACCUUUAAGUUUUUCUCAAAGGCAGCACAAUAUCAAACAUGUCAAACGACGAUGUCUCCAACCUGAAACAAAAGCCUACGAGAACAGGCGGUCGACAUUUAAGUUCGAUAUAAGCUGGACUUUUUAAGCUUCUUAAGUUUUGAGAAACCGCAUUCAUGACACAAUCUAGGUAACAACUUGCGUAAUUGUGGUCCUACUUUAUUUCUGACGCCGCCUCCAGU